CGAAGCAGCUGCUGGUGAAAAUUAUUGUUCAGGGGGUUGUGCCCUGCGGGGGUGUCACUCCAGCCACAAGUAGCUAGGGCCAGCUACCACACCUUUCUUGCCCACGAAGCGUGACGGCCUCGGGGGAUUCCAUAGUACCGGUUUUUUGAAGGAAGAUCAAAAAAAAUCUUUCAAGAUGUCUUUGUAUCCGUCUCUGGAGGAUAUGAAAGUUGACCAGCUGCAGAAAGCACAGAUGCAGUAUGAACAGGGUGUAACACAAGUUGCAGCUGUUGGUUAUCCAAAUACAGGAAAUGUUGUGCCUCAGGCUUCAUCAGCAUUCUCGCCCUCGCUAUAUCCCAGUCUUGGUGACUACAUGGGCCUUCAGCUUACACCAGAGUUUGUACAACAGAAUAUGCCACUUGUUGCAGCCAGUUACCCACAGGAACUGCAAGUUGGUGUCCGACAGACCUCCACAAGUCAAGCAUUGGUUGCUCCUGUGACUGGACAGAACAACAAGGCCCUCUUGCGUUCAGAAAUCAAACCUGGUAUUCGUGAGGUCGUCUUGUGCAAGGAUGGAGAAGGCAAACUGGGUGUUCGAGUGCGGCAUGUUAAUAAUGGUCUGUUCGUUGCACUGGUUCAAAAGAACUCGCCAGCUGCGUUGGCAGGAUUGCGAUUUGGUGAUCAGAUUCUACAGAUAAAUGGACAAACAGUAGCCGGCUGGGACAACGACAAAGCCCACAACUUUAUCAAAAAGUUGGAUCCGGAACGCAUUACCAUGGCUGUGCGAGACAGGCCAUUUGAGAGGACCAUCACCAUGCAGAAAGAUAGCAAUGGCUACAUUGGCUUUGUCUUCAAAGAAGGCAAGAUCAAGUCCAUUGUAAAGGAUUCCUCAGCAGCCCGCAAUGGCAUUCUGACAGACCAUCAGCUCAUUGAGGUUGGAGGCCAGAAUGUUGUGGGACUCAAGGAUUCCGAAAUAGGCGAGAUCAUUGAUGCGGCCGGAAGGACAAUUACAGUGACAAUUAUGCCUUCAUUUCUGUUUGAUCACAUUAUCAAAUGCAUGGGAAACAGCCUGAUCAAGAAGCUAAUGGACAGCUCCAUUCCUGACCUGUGAAGCAUCUGUUUCUUCAUUGAGUGAUGCCAUCAGCUUUACUAUGAUCACACCGAAAACUGUGUGAAAACAUUCAUUACCUGCAAUUCACUUGGACUGUAGAAAAUGCAGACAGUAGAGCUGUUUUGUUGUCAUCUCACCGGUGUUUUUUUCGCUCUUCAAAAGUAGCUUUCAAGCUGCCUGAAAACAAUUGCCUGCAGACUGCGGCCCUUUGGCCAGAAAGAUGUCUGCAGUGGACGGCCACACACAGUGUAAAUCAACUUUAAGUUCUAGCUUCUAUUUCUUUAAUCAUUUGAAGACAUUCCAGUUUGUGUGAUGGCUAUUAGGUGGGUUUUCAGUGUAGACAAAAAAAAAACUCCUACAGUCAGUAGUCAUCAUCUCAUGCAGGCUAGAUCACGUUUUGCAGAAGACUUAAGAUGUUGAUGGAAAUCUUAUUGUGUUGCUGCAGAAUCCUGUGCUGUAUUUGUGAUUUGAGGUAAUAGCAGGAACCUUCUGCUUCUGUAAAUGGUCACUGUGUAUAUAUAUAUGGCAGCACCUUCCUGAUCCCCAGUUAAAGUUCCCCCCUCCCCCUUUUUGUGGGUAAGUGGUCUGUCCUAUGUGAUAUCUAAUUAUGACCAAAUUCAUAAGGCAUAAUUGCAUUUUUUAAAUAAAGCCAUACAGAAGUUUUAUGGAAAAAUUUCAUCACAAAGAUUAAGAAGCAACAUAUUCAGUAUUCAAAUGUGUUCACUGGCUUAUAAAAUUUACCCAAAGCGGCUUUGGAUUUUUUUUUUCAUUAGCCAAGAUGUUAAAAUCGAAAUAUACAGUUUUGAUGUAUAUCUACUGAACUUCAAUUAAAAAAAUCCUUGAUUUGUACUAAUUGUUAACAGCAGAAAGAAAAAAUGUUAUCAGUAGGAUAAAUUUCAUAUAGUUUUUUUUUUAAUUUCCAUUUUUACUCUGAAGAUAAUUUGCUAAGCAUUUAAAAUGUUCACAUAAAAAUUCUAUUUGGCAUGUAUUUAAUUAAAUAUAAAUGUAUUUUUCCUGUCCAUAUCAGAAAACAAAAUCUUGGUCAGAAAAAAGAUGCUUCAUGUGAUUUGUGGAUGUGCUAACCAGAAUGAGUUGCUAAACGAGAAUGUUUUGGAGAAUUCUUUUUAAAAAAUUUCAUGUCGGUGGCAUUUGGAAUGUCUUAGCAAUAAAACUGCUACAGGAUUAAUUGCUAGCUUUCCAGAAAACAGUCAAGUAUUUAAGCACACAAUAUAUUAUAUUGUUUCAUUUAUUUUUAAGUUGUCAGUUGUCUUAAUUCAUAAUCCACAUGACGAUAUGUUACAAGAAUGAAAUAGAAAUAUUGUUGUUUUUGCAAAUGUGCAGGUGUCUUUGUUUUAUGUACAGUUUUGCUUGACAUUCUGGGAACAUUUCUUUUUGGUUUUGUUUCCUUUUAAUGUUUUCAUAGUUUUAAUGUUUUCAUAGUUAACAUGAAAACUACAACCUUCAAGAGAAUAAAAUCAAAUUCUUUACAUUA